AUGGAUACUAUCCGGUCGCAAACCCAGGGAUCUAACUCCCAAAACUCGAUCCCAUCGGAUCAGAUCACCUCGAACAUCAGUAGCAGCCAAACUGCUGAUGCAUCGAGAGAUCAGAUCGCGUCGAAUGUUGGUAGCCGCCAAACUGCCAACACUUCGAAUACGCCGAUCACAUCUGCUACCGCCUCCACUGGAGUGCAGCUUAGCACUCCACCUCGCGUGGAACCAGUGGUGAUCAAUCUCGCCACACCGGUAGCAACCCCGAGCCCGAUUCUACCGAAUCUGGGUUCGCACACCAUCGAGAGACCUCUCUCUCGAGUUUGGGUCAGAUCGGAAGAUCCCCCAACAACUGUGACUCCACAGAGUCGGACUAUUCCUGUUCGACCUGCAUCUGCGACGCAAACUCCUCCGCGAGCUAGUCCAGAUGAUCUGGCACAGAUCAAACAGCUUCUCACCAACCUGGUAAACGGUCAGCGCGACCACGAAACUAGGCUGGAGAGACAUGAGAGACGCCUCGCUGAAUCUCGAAACAUCACUAGCCCGCCUCCGCGGACUCAGCUCGAUUUUUCGACGAUCUACGCAUCUGGCAUACCUCAGGCGCAAUUCGUUACGCCUUCGCGACCUCAAGUCUCUCAGACUUUCGGUCCACCGCCGAGCUCGCCACCAGUUGGCAAUACGAGCUCGCACCCAAGCGAGACGAGAGCUCAACCGAACGUUCCGCUCUCAUCUCCACCCCCAGGGCCACCUGGUACCGAUCCAGCUAGGCCUAGGUGGUUUGGCGCUUCAGCUUUUGCCUCGAGCUCGCAGGCAAUGCCUCAGUUUGAGAAUCAGCUAGGCGCGACAUACGGUUCACAGCCCUCCGCAACAGCGCGAGAGCACGUGAACGGGAAUUAUCAACAAUUCCCUAGCUCGAACGGUCAGCCCAAUCGAGCUCAGUUCCAAGGAGCUAACGAUUCAUGA